UCAAAGAAGAAGAGGUUCUUUAACAACAGUUAGUGAGCUACCACGGUAGCUUGCUAGCCAACAUAGCCGAAAGAUUCAAGCUCUUUAGACUUCGGUGUAUAUUAGCCACUGUGUUUUGAACACACUUCGGUCGUUCAAGCUAGUUUACCAUUUACAUUUCAUAUUCACGUUUCUAGUGGUUAGCUGGAUAGCUAAAACAGCCUAGCUGAUGAUAAUAAUGUGCUAACUAGCUAGCUAACAUCCGACCAUGAGCUCAUUAAGCUACUGCCCUGCUAAAGAAGAGGAAGUCUGCUGGACGGAGAAAGAGGGUCUUUGGCUGAACAUUGUCGUAAAAGAGGAGGAGGCAGAGGAGGCUGUCACAGUAAAAAAAGAGGUAGAGGGUGAGGCUGUUGCAAUGAAAGGUGAAGGAGCUCCAGUGAAGGAAGAGUUCAGAGUGAAAGAGGAGGUCGUCGUCACUGUGAAAGAAGAGGGGGAAGAAAAAGUGGAGGGUGGCGUUUUUGGAGUGAAGGAGGAGAUAACUGUAACAUUGAAAGAGGAAGAGACUGGAGAUCAGAUUAACAACGGAGAGAGACUUGACUCUCCUUCUGACAGCGAGAAGAGUCCUUCAGGUGAACCAGACCCAAAGACGUCCAAACCGGCAGGACGACACCACUGCUCCCAGUGUGGAAAGAGUUUUACCCAGUUAGGGAGCUUGAAAACGCAUGAGAGAAUACACACAGGAGAAAAGCCCUACCACUGCUUCCAGUGUGAAAAGAGUUUUAGGUGGUUAGGUAGUCUGAAAAAGCAUGAGAAGACACACACACGAGAAAAGCCCUACCAAUGUUCCCUGUGUGGUCAGAGUUUUACCCAGUUAGGGGCCCUCAAUAAGCAUGACAGGACACACACGGGAGGUGAUAAGACCUACCACUGCUCCAUGUGUGGAAAGGUAUUUAACCGAUUAAGGCAUCUGAAUAAGCAUGAAAGAAUACAUACACAGGAGGAGAAGACAUACCACUGCUCUCAUUGCGGAAAGACAUUUUCCCAGUCAGAGGACCUGGAAUCACAUGAGAGAAUAGAGAGGCUGUGUUCUGACUUAUGUUUUUGACUGGGAAUUUGUGUUUUUGUUCAUGCCACAUGAAAUUAAAUUGUGUAAAUGAAGUAACUAUUGAAAUGGCAACAGACAGCCCCGAUUCUCCCUGUAAUGCAGAGCUAGAGGAUUUUAAUAAAGCCAUGGAGGCGCUGAAAGAAGCGCACAAGCAUUCUACAAAAUGGGAUCGAGUAUGGGAAAAAAUUAGCAAACUGGAUAAGGUUGGUCAGCAUUUCCCGGCUGACGGAAAAUUCCAAUCUGAUAGAAAAUUCAGGGAGGCAAUUAUGACUUGGCACAAUGACAUAAAACCUGAAUCAAAAGUUCAAUAUACCAGUGUUUUCAUGUCAGCAUUAUCUCAACAAAAAAUACAAACCGAUAAACCCGGAAUUAGUAGAUGUACUCAGCAACAGAAAGACUGGGUACGUGAGUACAUUGAUAGAAUUUGUAUUUCAGCUUUGAUGGCAGGUUUGAAACCUGUGAUCACAACGGCAAUUGCGGGAUAGUGGAUGAAAUAGAGCAAUAUGCUUUAAGAGUGGAAAAUAACUCCGCUCACUUCACAGACGUGAGAGGGGUUAAUACGGCCACAGGGAAAGUCACUAUAGAAUGACAGGGUUCUGAUAAUAUGAAAUAUACUUAUUCAUGUCACUGAGGAAGAGAGGAUAAUGUAUAACGUUUACAUUAUGUCAGGAUAUGUUUUUGUUAGCCAUCAGGGAUCCUAUGGGAGGAAUCCUCUGGGAGGAGAAGAGACACAGUCUGGUACCAGUCACCAUGACAGCUGUGAGUUGGGGAGGAGUGAGCACUUUGGGGCAGAGGUCAGGUCAGAUGAAGUGAGGAAGAACAGAUAUCACUAAGGUUCUGUCUAGCAACAGAGAUGCCUUGGCUGUUCAGAUGUGUAGGAGGUGACUCGGCAUAGGAGAAAGGGUUACAUAUCGGUGCUUGUGUGAAUAUGUCGUCGUCUGUAGAGCUGUUUGACCCUUUGGGAUGAAUUAACUUGGUUUAAGCUUUCAUAGUGUCCGUUGAGUUCUUACUUUUAAUAAUUAAAACCUAACAAUAUAGUGCCUUCAGAAAUGAUUCACACUCCUUGAAUUAUUCCACAUUUUAUUUCCGAUUUUGUGUCACUGGCAUACACACAAUACCCCAUAAUGUCAAAGCGGAUUUAUGUUUUUCGAAUUUUUUGAAAUUAUUUACAAAUGAAAAGCUGAAAUGUCUUGUCAAUUAGUAUUCAACUCCUUUGUUAUGGCAAGCCUAAUUAAGUUCAGCUUUUCCAUGGACUCGCUCUGUGUACAAUAAUGUUCAACAUGAUUUUUGAAUGACUUCCUCAUCUCUCUACCCCACACAUACAAUUAUCUGUAAGGUCCCUGAGCCGAGCAGUGAAUUUCAAACACAGAUUCAACCACAAUGACCAGGGAGGUAUCCCAAUGCCUUGCAAAGGAGAGCACCUAUUGGUAGAUGGGUAAAAAAAGAAAAAAAAGACAGCAGACAUCGAAUAUCCCUUUGAGCAUGGUGAAGUUAUUAAUUACACUUUGGAUGGUGUAUCAAUACACCCAGCCACGACAAAGAUACAUGCAUCCUUCCUAACUCAGUUGCCGGAGAGAAAGGAAACCGCUCCGGGAUUGGACCAAUGGUGACUUUAAACAGUUACAGAGUUUAAUGGCUGUGAUAGGAGAAAACUGAGGAUGGAUCAACAACGUUGUAGUUACUCCACAAUACUAAUCUAAAUGACAGAGUGAAAAGGAAGAAGACAAAUAUUCCAAAACAUGCAUCCUGUUUGUAUCAAGGCACUAAAAUAACACUGCAAGAAAUGUUGCAAAUCAAUUUACUUUUUGUCCUGAAUACAAAGUGUUAUGUUUGGGGCAAGUCCAAUAAAAGACAUUAGUAAGUACCA